AUGAGGAACUUCUGGGCACUUCCAGCAUUUCUGCGCAUUGCGCUCGCUAGCCCGCACUCGUUCAGCGUAUUCGAGGACUUGCUUGCUUUCCCGCAGUACGAGAUCGUCUUUCCAGACGAAUACGUUACCGAAAACGAAGCCACUUCACUCCUAUCGCAAUCUAUAUCUCGCAGCACGAGCUCCGCGACGCCAAUAUCGCAGGCUACGCAAGACCUAUCGAAGCCGGGGAAACAGUCGUCCGAUCCGCUGCAAAGAGACGAUGAGCUUGAUUUGACAUACGAGCGGGUGGUGCUAGAUGGCCGACGCUACCUCUGUAGCAUACCGGUCUUCCCGGAAGAUGUACCGCAGAACAGCACUGUGUCGCCCGAGGAAGCAAAGGCCGAGGAGGAGAAGGAACUGGUGCGCGCCACGAGUCGCGGCGGAGAACUGCUAGAAGGCAUGAAGGGUGAAUGUAUAUACUACCUAAGCGGAUGGUGGAGCUACGCCUUCUGCUACAAGGACCAUGUCAAGCAAUUCCACCAGCUGCCGCCGGGCCGCGGAGGCGCGCCCAUAUAUCCGCCUGUGGAGGACCACGCCGUGAACAGCUUCAUAUUGGGGAGGUUUUCUGAGAAAGACAAAGAGAACAAGAUCGAGGAGAGGAAGACGCUGGGUAGUGAACCGGAAGCGAGGGACACGGACGACGAGGGCAACGCGAAGCCAGGCAAGGCGGAUUCAGAAAGCAAGCAGGAAACAGGCCUCGAUCUCCCGCGAUUGGAAACAAAAGGCUCAAGCAGGUACAUGGUACAGCGGAUGGCAGGCGGUACUGAGUGUGACCUUACGGGUAGGGAGCGUAAGAUCGAAGUACAGUUCCACUGCAACCCCCAACCUAUGGACAAAAUCGCCAUGAUCAAGGAAAUCAGCACCUGCUCCUACCUCAUGAUCAUCUACACGCCCCGCCUCUGCAACGAUAUCGCCUUCCAGCCUCCCCAAGAAAACCUAGCACACCCCAUAACCUGUCAGCCCGUCCUCGCCCCCUCCGAAGUCGACGAAUGGGAUCUCGCCCGCCUAGAAGAUAAAGUAGCACAGUCCGAAUUGCUCGCCUCCCUCGCCGCAUACGAAGCUUCAAACCCCCUGCGCGAAAUGGCCCCCGGCCCCGACGGCUCUACAAAGCGCGGCCCCAUCAUCGGCGGCAUCGAAGUGGGCGCGCAGUCGCUCGUCGGCAGCGAGGGCAAAAUCAUCGAAAAAGGCAUCAUUGCCGGCGGUGGCAAAGAAAUCUUCCUCGGCACGCUGAUUACGAGCGAGGGCAAGAUGAUGAGCAAGGAGGAUCUGAAGAAAGUCGGCAUGGAGGUUAGGGAUGUGGAGAAGCUGGAAAGGAACAGCAGGAAGAUUGCGGGGAAGAAGGAAUGGAGACUAGAUCUGAUUGAGACGCCGCAGGGGCAGAGAGAGUAUCGGCUUAUUGAGUUUAUUGAGCCGGAUGAGGAGAAGGAGGGAAAGAAGGGGAAGGCACAGGAGGGAGAGGAGAAGGAGAAGCCUAAGGGGAUGAGCAGUAGUGAUAAGGAGGCUGCUGAGGCGGAGGCCGGUGAGCAGGGUGAUGCCCAGGAGGGCAGCGAAGAGGUGUACAAAGACGAGCUGUAG